AUUUUUUACUAAUAUCUUAUGAACUCUGACUCAUUUUUAAUAUUUUUCCAUUUUAGAAUUAGAAAAGUAAACACUGGGAACAGAAGGAAUCAUAACGGAUACCUAUUUUCUAAGAAUGAAUAUAAAAAUGUUAAAAUAAUUAUUUAUUUUAGUAAAGGAGGCUAUUAUAAUGAAAAGACUUAAAGUCUUGAUAAUAGAUAGAAUAAUGUGAUUUAAAUCAUGAAUGUAGGAUGUAAAUUAUUAAAAGAUUUUACAAUACAAUUACCUCCUGUGGAGAGUAAAUUGAGGAAAGAAAAAUUGUCUUUUAGAAGACAUCAAAAAUAAAAUCUAAUAUAUUUUAAGGAUAAAAAAUAGAUCAAUGGAUGGAUUAGUAGACGAUAAUAGCGAUUAAGUAAGUUUAACUAAUUCGUGUUGAUAUAUGGAUCAUAUCGAGCUUGCUCAUUUUAUACAUUUAUUUUGAAGAUGAUUAUUAUAGUAAAGGUAAUAAAGUUGAAAAAUGGAUUUAAAUUAGUGAAAAUUAUUUGAAGU